AUGUCAUUCCCUCACCUUUGGACACCGUCUCUUGAACCUAGAACUGUAGUUCAUUCUUGGUACAGGCAUGCCAUGGUGAACGAAGCAGUUGCCUUGGAUAAAGAAGAGGAGGAACUAAUACUGUUAACACAACCUCUUACUGAAGAACAGCCGUCUGACUUCUUGUCACCCGAAAGAGACCCUACUAGGGACAUAGAAUCAUCCGAACUUGCGGUCUUUCAAGCAAUGGGAGCUGAAGAUUAUAGCAGAGGUUUUUUGAACGGAUUAGAUUAA